AUGUAUCAAAUCUUGGUGUUACUCCCGCUCGGGUUCGCCGCGGCCCAGCACGUCGGGAGAGAGCAGGCCGAGACCCACCCGGUCCUCGAGUGGAAGCGGUGCCAGGCCGACAACACGUGCGAAACCGUCACCGGAGAGAUUACCGUGGACUCCAACUGGCGAUGGGUGCACCGAACGGCGGGUUUCGUGAGCUGCAUCGAGUGGAAUCAAUGGACAGACGACAUGUACGACGUCGACGACCCGAACCCCGGCCUGACGUAUGCCGAGGAGUGCGCGAUAGAAGGCGCGGACUACGAGCGCUCGUAUGGCGUCGCCACAAAGAAUAACACAUUGUCGCAAAAGUAUAGGACAAACAUCGACUUUUCGACCAACUACAACUCUAGGCUCUUUCUUCUCGAGUCCAGGCACAAGUACCAAAUGUUCACGCUCUUGGACAACGAGCUCGCUUUCGACGUGGAUCUGUCGACGGUGGACUGCGGCCUGAAUAGCGCGCUUCACUUUGUCGCGAUGGACCCUGAUGGGGCACGGCCAAGUACCCUAGCAAUAGGGCUGGCGCGGAGUACGGGACCGGGUACUGUGAUGCAACGUGCUCCCGAAGUGCUAGGUUCGUGGGGGAACUCCAAUGCCAACUCGUACUCGACAUCCGCUCAUGUUUGCCGGGAGGACGAGUACUACGUCUGCGAAGGAGCUGAUGACUGCAACGGAGUAUAUCUUGAGACGGAGCUUAGGCUCAAGCGGGCACAUUGCGAUCUGCCCGCAUUCGAGGGCUUCCCAGGACGGAGCGACCUCGAUUCAGAGUACUGCGAAAGCUUGUUCAAGGUAUUCGGCGACGACGACUACUACUCGGAGCUCGGGGGUUCUCAAGAGUAA